AGUGGAUGUGACGUCAUUGACAUUACUGUCCGACGGGAAUGGGAAAUCAGAAAUGGCUGCGAUAGGUAGUGGACGGGGAACGAUGGAUUCCCAAAAUCAAGUGCAAAGUGAUACAACUGUAGACCGUUUAAAAUUACUUUAUCCAAAUGUGAAUGAAGAAGAAACCCCUUUGCCGCGAUCAUGGAGUGCCAAGGACAAGUUCAGCUACAUCGGGCUGUCGCAAAAUAAUCUCCGAGUGCACUACAAAGGCCACGGCAAAACACACAAGGACGCGGCGAGUGUCCGCGCCACACACCCCAUACCCGCGGCCUGCGGGCUGUACUACUUCGAGGUGCGGAUCGUGUCCAAGGGCCGCGACGGGUACAUGGGCAUCGGGCUGUCGGCGCACGGGGUCAACAUGAACAGGCUGCCAGGCUGGGACAAGCACUCAUACGGGUACCACGGCGACGACGGGCACUCGUUCUGCUCGUCCGGCACCGGGCAGCCGUACGGGCCCACGUUCACCACCGGCGACGUGAUCGGCUGCGGCGUCAACCUCGUCGACAACACCUGCUUCUACACCAAGAACGGCCACCAUCUGGGCAUCGCCUUCCGGGGACUGCCGCCCAACCUGUACCCGACGGUGGGCCUGCAGACGCCGGGCGAGGUGGUGGACGCCAACUUCGGGCAGCAGCCGUUCGUGUUCGACAUCGAGGACAUGCUGCGCGAGCUGCGCGCGCGCACCCGGCUCACUAUAGACGAGUUCCCGCUCCCGGACGCGCAGGGCCAGUGGCAGCAGGUGUUGCACAGGAUGGUGUCCACAUACCUGGUGCACCACGGGUACUGCAGCACCGCCACCGCCUUCUCCCGCGCCACCGGACAACCCAUACAAGAAGACAUACAGUCUAUAAGGAACAGACAGAAAGUAUCGAAGUUAGUGUUAUCGGGUCGCAUCGGCGAGGCGGUGGAGCUGACUCGGAGGCUGUACCCGGGGCUCCUAGAGCGGGAGAAGGAGCUGUUAUUCCUACUUCAAUGUCGGCAGUUCGUCGAGAUGGUCAACGGCACGGAGCAGGGGGAGGCUGGCUGUGCGGCGGCGGAGAACGGCGCCAGCAACGGCGUGGCCACCUCCGUCAUCUCGCACACCAGCCGCGCGCCCAAACACACCAACGGUGUGUCGGAGGGCGGGUCGCGGUCCGGGUCCGGGUCCGGGUCGGGGUCGGGGUCGGGGUCGGGCAAGGACUCGGACGUGGAGAUGUCGCCGGAGCCCGACCACAAGCACGACGCCAACGGCGCGCCGCACGGUGCGGAGCCGGUCAAGGGCAUGCCCGGCGUCACGGCCAGCGUGCACCAGCUCAUGCCGGACUUCCACAAGGACGCAGAGGGUUGCGGCAACCGCGCCUCCGUGGAGAGGAUGCUCGCGUUCGGGCGCGAGCUGUACGCGGCCAGCCAGAAGCUGAGCCAGGACAACUACCACAAAGCCAUGCUGGAGGUAUGUACAUACCCCCCUCCCCGUGGAGAGGAUGCUCGCGUUCGGGCGCGAGCUGUACGCGGCCAGCCAGAAGCUGAGCCAGGGUAUGUACAUACCCCCCUCCCCGUGGAGAGGAUGCUCGCGUUCGGGCGCGAGCUGUACGCGGCCAGCCAGAAGCUGAGCCAGGACAACUACCACAAAGCCAUGCUGGAGGACGCGUUCAGUUUAUUGGCGUAUAGUAAUCCAUGGGACAGCCCCGUGGGCUGGCAGCUCCAGCCCGUCAGGCGCGAGGCGGUGUGCGAGGCGCUCAACUCUGCCAUAUUAGAAUCAAUGGGCAUGCAGUGGACGUCGCCGGUGGAGGCGUGCGUGUCGCACUCUCGGGCGCUGCUGCGGCGCAUGUCGCGCGCCGGGCUGGGCGCGUGCGCCUUCGCCGACCUGCCCGCGCUGCUGCGCCGCUGACUGUACACACCCGCGCUCGCUCCCCGGCCAGGUACCAGGCGGCGCCUCCGUGCCCGCGGUCCACCCGCGUCCUCUCGUCGGUAGAGGGCGUUAGCGCCGCGAGGAACGAGCCAGUGUUUAAUAACCUAUCUAUUCUAUAAAUGCCUAUAACUAUAACUUUUCACAUGUACCACCUAUUGGUUUGGUUGUUAGAAGUAGGGUUUUAUCGGAGGAUGCAAAAUGCUCAAUAACUGCAUAUUGUGUUCAAGUUGUUAAACACUGGACCGUUCCGAUAUAACGCCGACGUUAUGUUCGAUUGCAUAAUGAAGUAGAAGCAACACAGUUUGUAAACAAGGCCUAUUCCCAUUGUUCCCCGCCCUGCAGUCUCUAUUGUUCCCAUUGGAGAUUAACUGGUGGUAUCAAUGGGAAUAGGCCUUAAAGAUUAACAAUAUGAUAAAAAAUAGCCAAAAGGAUUAUUUUGAGAAAAUACAUUUAAAAAAAGCUGCAUUUUGAUAGAAAAGUUCUGUAGUUUGGUAAAAGAAAGAUGGUUUUGAACUGACAAUAAAAUUAUUAUGGCCCAUAAAUUAUGGCCCGUAAUUAUUAAGGAAACAUUACAUAGCUCUUUUUAGCCAUCUCAUUACUCAUUAUCACAACAUACUUUCAUCAGAGAGAAAAACAAACAAGGAAGGAGGCGCAAAACAGAUUUAUGAAAGUGAAAGCUAAAAUUGCUUUACUUAAUGUGUGUGUGUAUGUCAGAAAAACAAGAUUUUUUGUUGUUGUAAUAAAAAACUACAUACUUUCAAUCUGUACAGUCGUCAUCACAUAUAUUGGAGCGGCCAAGGUGCACAAAAAUAUCUAAACAUGCUCUGUAACGUCUUUAUAAUAGACGUUUAGUUCAGAUAUUUGUGACACCUUGACCGCUCCGAUAUAACUGAUAAUGACUGUACAAUCUGCGACCUAUGAAAAGCAGUAAAUUGAAUAUGAAUAGAACUGUAUUUGUUCUGCAAUGUUAAACAAAAACUAUUACUUCAAUAUGCAAUCCGAGGCGUGGACAGUGACGUGCGGGGGAAAAGAAGCCGAGUGACUUUGUAUAUAAAGAUCAAUUUACCUUAACGAAUUAACGCACACUCAAUGCCUUAAGUGACGUGUGAAGUGAACAAGUGAGUGAAGGAGUUUACGAGUACGAGUGAUCGUUGUGGUUUAUUUUUAAAUAAUGACUGCGCUGGUUACGGUGGAUCUAGAAUUGGUGAUCUGUGACAUAUUUUAACAUAUUUUAUAUUAAUAGCUGGUACAAAAGUCAAUGCAUGUAAUAAUUUAUUUUAUCGGGUAAACGGUAACUUUUCGAUGUCAAUGUUAUUGAUAGAAAAAUUGGAUAUCGUACAUAUUGACAUCCGAAGAAGCGGUACUCUUUGCCUGAGAACCCAUAGAAUUAUUUCAAUGUGAAAAAGCUGUACUAUUUUUCAUUAUAGUGUUGAUUUUAGUACCAGCAGCUUAAUUGCUUCAAAGACUUGCUGUAAGGGUAGAUUCAAGUGUGAAAUGAAAUAUUUUUGAAUUAUUCUAACAGCAGCUCUUAGUAGGCUAUAAAUCAUACAAGUUCCCAGAUUACAUAUUCUAGAUUCACCAGCAACCUCCUUGUAAUAAUAAAUAAUUGCGUUGGUCCAUAUUGUUGGUUCGUCAAUCAGUUUUUGUAUAAGUUUUAUGCGUAGGUGUAGACCGGCGAGCGCCGGUCGCAGUUCCCGGUCGCACAACGCUGCAGUCACAUUUACUACUUAAUCAGCAUUUCUAUAGAGAACUAAAGAAAUAUAAAUCAGUUGUCUAAAAAUCAUUUUUGAUACAAUCUCUUAUUGCUGACUGCACUUGUCUUUUAACAGGCACUUAACCAGACAGUUGUCUCAAAUCCAAACACAAUUAGUUUGCGUUGUUUUACCACAGAGUUCCUAAGGCCAUGUUCUGUGUCCAUCGAAUCAGGCCUAUAACCGCGAACAUCGAAGUUCGCAAAUUGCGGGCAUUUUUCUCUGUCACUCUAAUUACGCCUUCAUUGGAGUAAAAGAGAAAGAUCCCCGCAAUUUGCGAAUUUCGGUUUUCGCGGUAGCCCCUCAGCUCGAUGUUACCACAAUAUCGGUGUCACCCAACUUACAUAAAGUGUCAUUCUAUGGAACUAAAUAAACCGCCAUAUUGAAAUCAUCAUGCAGUGACUUCAAUAUGGCGGUUUGUUUACAUAGUUAGCAAGUUCCAUCGAAUGACACUGUUAAGUCUGCUGUAAUGCUGUCUGUUAAGACAGCAUUAGAAGUUGCCAAGCGGGCGAGGUGUUCAAAAUAAUCUUGACACGCUCUUAUACUCUUAACAAUAAAGUCGCAUCAAGAUCAUUUUUAACACCACCGCCUAGCAACUUCUGCUGCUUACAUGUUAAGUUUCAAAAUAGUGAAGGGGUUAAAAUAAAUUUAAGGGAGGAAUACAAUAGUACAUAUAACUUAGUUUACCAUAGUCAGUUUUUGUUUGUAAUAUAAUAUUAGCACCAAUGUGAGACUGCAUGCGUUGUGCGUCCGGCUGUACGUGCAUAGUGUAUAGAUAUAUCUAACAAGAGAAGGACAGAGCGUAGAGUAAAGCAGCGAUAGAGCGGGCGGGGCCUCACGUCGAUCAAAUAGUCACGCGUUUUCUUCAUUUAUACAUCAUUUGGCUAUGUCAAUGUAAAUUAACACCAAAAUAUAAGACUAAAAUACAUUAAAAUCAAUAUCACUGGCGCUUCUAACGCUUAAUUUCAAUUUGUAUCAACUGAUGUAUGUAAAAGUAUGUUUUUUAUGUAUGAUAAAUGCGGAAGGCAUGACCAUGGCUUAUUUCAUACAUAUUUUGUGAUAUGCGUGAUUUUAAAUUUGACGGUCGUAUCUCUGUCAACGAAUACCUAUGUAAUGUGUUCAUAACGUAGCGCUAGUUAAUAAUUAAAACAAAUGUGUAAUCAUACUUUCACUGGGUUUGUUUAUUUGUAUACAUUUUUUAUGAAACCCAGCAUAGCUAAAUAUAUUAACAGUAACCUUUUGAACGUCAAUGAUAUCUAAAGUGGUAGUAAGCUAUCAUAUCUAGGUUGUUAGUCUCUACAUUUGUACAAACUAAGCUUACACACUUUUGUAUCUUCUCAAUUUGCAAUAAAAUAUAUGAAUUUUCUAAGCGUCGUUCAAUUGGUUAUAUAAGAAUAUAUUAUUAUUCAAACUUAAAGGAAUCGCUUUAUUACCUUAAGUCAGACGCGGGCCUCGCCAGGAUUAACAUAGUUAUAUGAUACGCCAGAGUCCUGCGUGUAUAUGCUUAGUAUAGUGCUGCCCUCGCUCCGCGCAAUGUUCGCAGGCGCAUGGUUUCCCGAUGUACCGAGGGGGCUAUUCCGCUCUGCGUGGACACGUCGCGGGGCUAUUCCGAGGGUGGCGGCGGCGACGCGCUGCACGGAUCGAAACCAGCAAUAAAUUGGGGCGUUUUUAGAAAGGGUUACUUUUUAGCCUUUUGGAAAUGUUAUGUUAUACUUCGAAAUAUUCGUAUAUUUCGUUUGUAAUCGUAAUUUACGUUCUUUAAAAGCUAUUAUACAUAUUGGAGAGGACAGAAAUAUGUUAGUAAUCAAUGUAAUUCUCUGCGGGGGAGUCGUAUGCCGAAGUUAUAACGACAAACAUUUGCCAAUACAUCAUAGUUGCCAAGAAAAAUGAGAAAAAAAUAAUAUAUGUAGUUCUACUGUUCUAAUUUUGGCAGUAUAGUAGAGAUAUAAUUGCUAGUUCAAAUAUAUUUGCAAUUAAUUGUACUUAUAGUUAUAGAAUUAUAUUACUACCAGUAUUUAUCGUCUCUAGUGGAUGAUUAUCAUAUCAUAUGGUAUUAACCUUUUGAACGCCAAACGGCACAUCCAUUUGCCGUGCCGCUGACGCCACGGGGGUAAAAUUUAGUUUUGUGAAUAAAUAAUGCCAACCUAAAAGUGGGGUGUUUUUCGGUAUAUAAUCAUCAAAAAACGAUCGACGUCAAAACUUAAUUUAUAUUUUUUUCCAAUUAUAAGUAAAUAACAAUAACAUAACAUUUCCAAACAUAAAAUAAAAUAAAACCUAUCUCUAAAAACGCCCUCUAGCUUUGUGUGUAAACCUUUGUAAGUAUAACGAAGCUUCAUGUAUAUAUGGGCGUGUUGUAUGUACUGUACGCUUGUCGUGUCGUGUCGUGCCGUGCCGUGCGACGCGCCGCCGCCGGGACUGUAAAUGAUCCACAAUAUUGUUCUUAUAUUGUAUUGUUUUCUUUUUUAAUAAUAUAUUGUGUUUAAACGGC